AUUAGUGACGCAUGUCCUCAAUAAAGUUUUAUAUUUUAAUUUUGAUCGCUGCGUUGGGUGAUUCAUCCAUCUUGAUAUGUCAUUAGGGGGGCUGGGUCUAUUCGUUUCCUCCUCAAAAUAAACCGUUUCCUGCAGAGAUAAGCAAUUAACUAGUAAAUGAGAGCUAGUUACCGUCGAGUGGAAAUUGUAAAUGUGUAAAUGCAAUAAAUAAGUGUACUUCGUACGUGUUUUGUGUUUGUGUUAGUAUUAGUACAUAACCUGCUCAAUAUAAAUAUGUGGAAAGCCGCCGCCGGUCAUCAAAUAAACACAAAGGACCAGAGUUUCGAAGAUGAUGAAUGGGAAACUGAUCCGGACUUUGUGAAUGAUGUGAAUGAGGAACAGCAACGAUGGGGCACUUCAGGAAGAACAGCAGGUGCCAUCGACAUGGAACAAUUGAGAAAAGAGACUGAAGCCGCAGAUGCUCAAAAGAAGAAAAAACAAUUGGAAGAAACGAACCCCGGUUUCGGCUAUGGGGGUAAAUUCGGUGUGGAAACCGACCGUAUGGAUAAAUCAGCCGUGGGUCAUGAAUACGUCGCAAAGAUUGAGAAACAUGCGUCACAAAAAGAUUAUAGCACCGGUUUCGGUGGGAAAUUCGGUGUACAAACGGAUCGUGUAGACAAGAGCGCCGUUACUUGGGAUCAUAAGGAGAAAGUCGAGAAACACGCUUCGCAGAAAGAUUACAACGCUGGAUUCGGCGGUAAAUUCGGUGUACAAAGCGACAGACAAGAUAAAUCAGCUGUUGGUUGGGACCAUGUUGAAAAGCUUGAGAAGCAUGAAUCCCAGAAAGAUUACGUUAAAGGAUUCGGCGGUAAAUUCGGCGUCCAGACCGACAGGCAAGAUAAAUCUGCGGUGGGUUGGGACCACCACGAAGCCCCCCAGAAGCACGAAAGCCAGACCGAUCACAAGAUUGGAUUCGGUGGUAAAUUCGGCCUACAGACCGAUAGGGUGGACAAAUCGGCUGCAAAUUUUGACGAACCCACUAAAGUUGGGACGAAUUAUACAAAGACAAAACCAGAUAUUGGUGGCGCUAAACCCUCAGAUCUUCGUGCUAAGUUCGAAAGCAUGAGUUCGGAGAAUAAGAAAAACCCUCCAUCUGUUCUCGCACCGCGAAAAGUGAUUAGCACGCGGGCGGCCGCCUUCACCAAUAAUGCCACAACUGAAGAAACAACGAAAUCAACUCAAGAGGUCGUCACCCAAAAGCCUCAAAAGUUGGACCAAUCGAAGAUGGCUUUCUUGACACAAGCACCCGAGCCGGUUAAGAAAGAACCGAUUGUAAUUGAAAGGGAAGAGGUUCCUUCACCUACUGUUACUGAAACUGUGAAUCCACCACCUAAGGAAGAGGAACCCAAGAAGACCUUGGAGGAGGCUGAACAAAUUUUGCAACAAACUCAAGAAGAAAUUGAAUUAAUUAAUAAGUUGAGAGAGGAAGAAUUGGCUGAGAAGGAGGAAAGUAAUAAGCCAAUGGAGGAACCUGAGGCUAUUUAUGGUAAUUUGGAACAGAAUGUUGCUGCUGCCGCUAGUGGGGAAGAAGAAUGGAGUGACGAGAUUGUUGAUACAGGAUUGACAGCAAUUGCACUAUACGAUUAUCAAGCUGCGGCUGACGAUGAAAUUUCGUUUGAUCCUGAUGAUAUCAUUACUCACAUAGAACAGAUAGAUGAAGGGUGGUGGCGAGGAUUGUGCAAGGGAAUAUAUGGCCUGUUUCCGGCAAACUACGUACAAUUACAACAAUAAUCACAUCAGGAAUUGCGUUGUACUUAUUUUUAUCCGUUGAUUUAUUUUUUUACGAACAAAUGUUGAUAAGUAUUAUUUUGUAUCAGAUUUUAUAACGGUAUGCUUCCAAUAAUAAAUUUUAUAGUUAUUUAUAAAUGUAUAAUUUUUUUACAAGUUAACUCUAACAUAUAUUGUAUAUAGAGAAAUAAAUAUUAUGAAUAACGAUA